GACCGCGCACCGGGCUUUUACCUCGCGCUGUGAGAGAGAAGAGUGCAACUAAAAAAGUCAUUGAGAAAUGAUCACACCGGUGUACAUACGGCACCGUACCCGUGUGCCGUCCGUCCACCAAUUCAAGCCUUUUAUGGCGAUUCAGGUCGCAGUCGAGGAAUAAAGGAAAAACUUGAGAGCCAGUGGUGCAGUAAUCAUGGUGCGCGUGAUCAAACAAGAGACUUACGAUGAAGUGGUGAAGGAGAAUAUUGAGGAUCUGGCUAUGACACCACAAGAGGCCAUCGAGGAUGCGGUUAAGCAGUUUGAGGCCCAGGGCAUCGACUUGACCAACAUUAUCAAGGACCUGGCGAUCAGCGAAAAUUCAAACGUGAUACAGACUUGCCUGAGGAAACUAUCCGCCUCGAUAGAAGAAAAAAAUUACAACGACGUUCCUGAUGCAUUGGAAAAACUCAAGACUGAAUUAAACAGAGACAUUGCCAGGAGAAUGUACGCUGCCAAAGAAAAUGCGUACUGCAUUCUCCUCGAUCUUAUGGAAGAAGUGGAGAACGAAGAAAAUCUUAAUAUUCUUAAAUCAGUCAUCAAGACAAUGACAUCGCUGAUGACUGGACAUCCUGAUCUGUUGGACGCUCGUGGAAUCAAGUUACAGAUUAGACUUGUCGAUCGGCUAUCAGAUGUCCCAACAAUCCAGCUCCUCCUCCGUUGGAUAAAAGAGUGUUGCAUUAAACAUGAGAUGAACAGACAAGCGAUAUUCAACGUUGGGAUUAUUCACAGAAUCAGAAAAAUUAUCGAGAAAGAGGAUAUAACAGGCCCUGAGCUCAGAGAUUGCUGUGGAGCGAUGAGGAGUUUAGCGCUGGAUGACGACAUAAGGCAUGAAUAUGGAAAAGCUCAUGAUCAUGCCGCUCAAAUGGCCAGGGCAUCACUCACUGUCCUCACUGGGUUAUUAACAAAAUUUAAGGGAGACGUAGGAGUCGUUGGGGACCUCAUGCUGACGAUGGCCUCUCUGAUCGUUAGAAACGAAUUCUGCCAGGACGUCGAAGACGCUGGAGGUCUGACGUUUAUUCUCGACGUCAUGAUUAACCAUCCUGACACGGAGAAAUUGAACUGGCAGGCCCUGAAACUACUGAAGGCACUUGCUGGCAAUGACAAUGUCAAAGCCCAUAUUGUCACGUGUGGCAGUGCUCCUCUCAUUGUUUCCAGCAUUGGUAGAUUCAAGAGCUCAGAGAGUGUCGCUUCAGCAGCAUUAUCCUGUAUUUCUGCCUUGACACUCCGCAGUUCUUCAAAUGCUGGGGUAUUCUAUGACUGCGGUGCCCCAUCAGUGAUUAUUGACGCUAUGAAAGAAUUUCCAAAGAGUUUGACUGUCCUACGACAAGCAUCGUGGGCGAUAAGGAAUAUGUCGGUGAGGAAUAAAGCUGAGUCGCGGGAAUUCGUGUCCUAUGGAGCCGAUGCUGUUCUCCAAAAUGCGAUUAAAAAUCACCCAGUACUAGCUGAGGAUGCUCGCGCUGCACUGAGAGACCUUGGAUUGAAAGUGGAUUUGAAGGAGCAAUGGACGGGUAAAGGGGGUGCAUUAACCAACGAAAGAGCCUGAGAAAACCAUAUUUAAUGAAGUAUUUUUGUGAGAAAUUGCUUAGAUUUGAAAUUAAUUUGCUGAAAUUAUUUGCUCGCAUUGCAAAAGCAAGAAAAAUUGUUCGAGCCGUGAUUCCCAUGAUACAAUGUUUUUUACCAGCUUCAUCGCCUCAAUAAAAGUAUAAGUCACAACUCUC